AUGGAAGGCAAACUACCUUACAUCAUUGGAGGAGUCUCUCUCCUCGUCGGUGGAGCACUCUUGUUCCAUUACUUAACUAAUGACGAAUCUGGUGAAGACGAGAAUUUGCUCGCCGGUGAGCUUUCUGAGUUUGGUUCUGUAGAAAAGGACGCAAAUGGAAUGGUCAAGUUUGAAGACUUCCUCAAGAUCUUUAAGCUUGUCACUAAACACUCUAAACUUCAGAUCACUACUUUUAAAUCAAAGAACAAUGAGAAAAGAAGACAAUUCCUUAAGGAUGGAGAUGAGGACUCCUACAGAGAUUGUAUUAAGCAGCAAAUUUCUCAAGAAGAAACUAUCUAUCAGGAAGUUGCCACUGAAGUCCUUAAUUAUCUCGAUAUUGAGGAACAAGAGUUCAUGAUGGCCCAACAAAUGCACCAGAUGAACCCUCAGUUCCAGAAGACCAUGAUGGAAAUGCAACUAGGAGUUGAAGAAGGAGAUGCCCAACCACCUAAGGUCACUAAGGAAGUUGCUAAAGAGAUUUUCAUUUAUGUAGAAGAUGAAAAGGCAAAGUCAAUGGCCAACAUGAAGGGAGCAGGAGGCAUGUUCGGUAACCCCAAUGAUGCCGAAGGGACUAUUAAUAUGAUCGUUGAGCACUCCAAAGUUGGCGAUAAGCUUUUCGAGAAAUACGGAAUUGAGGAAGAAGAAUUUGCAAAAUGUAUUCAAUACUAUAAUUUGAUCCAAGACCCAGAUAUCCAAAAGGUCAUGCAGAAAAGUUUACAAAAUAUGGGUCCAGAAGCAAUGGCCAUGCUCGCACAAAUGCAAGGAGGAGCCCCAGGAGGUGCUGCUCCAGGAGGAAUGGGUUUCUAAGUGUAGUUGACUAA